ACCACUGCUGCAGGUGGCCGUAAAAGGAAGGGCACCGGGCUGGAGCGGAUUUGCAAGGGGAUGGGAGUCAAGCUUACCAUUGAGAUUCCUCCAGGGCUGAAACGUCCUGAGAAGCCUUUGCCUGCUGCCAAGUUUGCAUCGGAGGGUGGAAUGCUUGCAAGAGGCCAGAUGCCGCUCCUUCCGCAUUUCAAGUUGUACAAGAGGGAUGAGAAUUUGUUGGCCGACUUCGUUGGAAAGAUGGGGGCAAAUUUCAACAUGGACACAGAGUCGGAAGACAUCCAGAAGGCUUGCUAUGACGUACUGCGGAAAGUGUCGAAGAACAGGCGCUACAUCCUGAAAAGGGACUACUUCGACAAAGUACCAGCAAAUGAAGUCAGCAUCAAGUCCCCUGUUAAGGAUGUCUCAGAUGAAGAAUGGGAAGCUCUAACUGCUCUGUGGGUAACCCCAAGACACAGGAACACAUGUACCAAGAACAAGGACAGUCGUGCUGCGGUCAAAUUUGGCCAAAAGACUGGCUCUCGUAGCUAUGCUGCUCAUCUGUAUGCAACUAGGGAGGAGCGCAGAGGUGAAGAGCUAGAUGCAGUCGACAUCUUUAAGGCGACCCAUCACAGCAAGAAGGAUGGUUUCUCUGAGGAAGCUCUAGCUGCAAUAGCUGAUAUGGAAGCUGAGAUGGCUAUUCCUGUGCCAGAAGGUGCACCGCCAAGUUCCACUGUCAAGCUCAACAAGCCCACCGCAGCUGCUGUAUCGGCGCAUGUUCAUGACCUGGAAGCACAGCUGAAGAGGUCCCAGGAGGAAGCUGAACAGAUGAAGCAGCAGUUUGCUGCCAUCAUGGAAGAAGCUGCUGCCCAGAAGGAGAAGCAAGCGGCAAAUGAAGCCGCACAAGCUCAGCGUGACAAGGACUACAUGGAGCUCCUCAAGCGGACUGAGGAAAGUGAUAGGAGGCUUGCUCACAUGAUGUCCAUCUUCGGAGCAUCUGCGAAUUAG